AUGACUGGUCUCACGGCAAAGUCCUGGGUCGUCCUCGUCGUGUACGCCGUCGUCAUGGGACUCGUCGUGAGGGGCAUCAGGAUACCUUUGCCUCGCGCUGUGACUCGCCCGCUGCUCAAACUCGCCAUUCAGCUGCGCAUCCUUGACCCUCCUCCUCCUCCGCCCUCCCCUUCGUCCCCUCGAGACGACCCAGAGAUCCCCGCUUCAGACGCCAUCGCGCCCAAAGUCUCGACAACGCCGUCUUUCAACGGAUCCGAAGCGACGCGGACGCAUUCCACCGAGCCAGUCUGGGAGAAACGUCUCUCCAUCCCGCUCGACCUCAGAACGUCGCCCAUCGCAGGCGUCAUCUUCCUCCUCAUCACCACCUGCAUCGACGGACACGUCGUCAGGCUCGGCAUUGUCGGCGAGGAAGGUAUCCGACCAUACGACGUCCUCGUCCUGUUCAUUUCGCUCGCGUACAUCUCGACGGCGCUCGACUCGACCGGCGGCUUGCGCGCGCUCGCGUUCUACAUCUCGCAAAAGUCGGCGCGGACACCGAAGAACUCGCCACCGUCUGCGCCAAAGACCGCGUCCGGCUUGACGCUGUGGACGGUCCUGUACCUCUUCUGGUUCUUCUUCGGCGUGCUCGUCGGCAACGACCCGAUCGUCCUCAGUGGGACAGCCUUCCUCGGCUAUUUCACUCGCUCGACGGGCAUCACGGCGCCCAGAGCGUGGACCAUGUCGCAGUUCAUCGCGGCGAACGUAGCGAGCGCCGCGCUCGUCUCGAGUAACCCGACCAACGUCUUGAUUGCUGGCGCAUGGGAGCUCAACUUCCUCACCGGCUUCACGGCGUACACGCUCCUGCCCACUGUCUUGACCGCCCUCGUUGCCUACCCCUUGCUCCUGUCCAUCUUCACCAUCUUCCGCCCCUCCAACUCGCCCCACUCUGCCUCGACCAGCUCCCCUCGACAACGCUACAUUCCAGCACGCCUCCUCCCGCCCGACGUCGACCCCCGCUCGGCCCUCAUCGACCCAUCCGGCGCGAUUUUCCACGCCUCUCUCCUCCUCAUCACCCUCUGCACGCUCGUCGGGACGUCGUUCGUCAAGAACGUCGAGGUGUGGAUGGUUACCAUGCCUGCCGGGGUGAUUGCGUUUUUGAGGGAUGUGUGGAGCGAGAGGAGGCCGCCGAACGUGAAGCGGACGGAGGAGAUCGAGAUGGAGGCGCCUACGCGACCGCUUGACCCGCCCAAUUCGCCAUUGACUCCCUCCGCGCGCCACUACUCCCUCCCCUAUCUCCUACGCAAGUUGACCGCGCGCUUCCCGACCACGACGACCACCAUCUCGCGCCUCCCGUUCUCGCUCGUCCUCUUCGCCGGCGGCAUCUUUGUCCUCGCGAGGUCGUUGACGGAACGUGGGUGGACAGACAUCUUUGCUGGCUGGCUCAGCAAGAUCUGCGUCAAUCCGGCUGCGACCGUCUUCUUCGUCGGCUACUUCACCGCCCUCGUAUUGUGCCCCAUCUGCGGAACCAACAUCGGCGGCACGAUCCUGGCUGUCGAGAUCAUCCGGUCGCCGUCGUUCUCGCAGUCGGCGCGCGUCCUCGCCAACCCUCGCAUCCUCAAGUCGGCCAUCUACUCACUUGCCCUCGCCUCCAACGUCGGCGCCAUGAGCUGGACGCUGUCGAGCAGCCUGGCGGGCCUGCUGUGGGCGUCCAUUCUCGCGCAGAAGGGGAUCAAGGUGACGCAGGUCGAGUUUGCGCGGUGGAUGGUCCCGGUUCUCCUUGUGUUGUCGACGGUGUCGAGUGCGGUUGUGCUGCUCGAAGUCGAGUACUUCCGAGUGUGA